AUGCCAAUUUUGGACACGGAAUCGAAAUGGGAUCGAUUAGCCAAGGGCUACUAUCAGAAGUGCCUUGACGAAGAAGAAUUGGAAAGGACCGGUUUGACAGCUAUCCGAGAAAUCGUUGAUUGGGUUGGAGGCUGGCCAACACUUCAAGGAAAAUUUGUUUUUCAAGGAACUAACUGGAAGGAAUGGGAUUACUCAUGGGAACAACAGUUGGCAUUAUUGAUGAAUCGAACCGGUGUGAAUGCCGUCAUACUGGAACUGGCUGUCACUCAUGAUCCGGCAAAUAGCACGAAUACCGUAAUUGAGGUUGUC